AAUACAAGUGUUAAUGAUAAGUUGGAAUUAGUGAAGGCGAGAACAAUACCGCUAUUAAGCAAACUGUUGAAUUCAUCAAAAUCCCGACAUUUCUCAGAGUCUGAUAUACAUAACGUUUUGAUAGCAAAUAACGAUAAUACAAAUAGCAAUAACACCGAAUGUAUUCAAUCAUUUCCACUUUCAUCUCCACCACAACAAUCACCACUGCCUAUUAUUUUAUCGAAAAUUGAAAAAUUUGCAUCUUCGCUCAAAUUGAUCCAUCACAACGAUAGUGAUCUCGACUUGUCAUUCUCCACACUCUCAUCGAUCAGAUCAUUGGGUGAUGUUGAUAUUCAUGAGCAAUUAUUAGAGGAGCAAGAGGAAUUACAGAGUUUGUUAAGUUCGGAUUCAUUUUCUGGUGAUUUAUCGGGUUUACUGGGAGAAUUUGAACCGUUAUGUCGGGGAUAUCAGGAAGCUGUAGAACGAGUGGAGCAAUUAAUGGCACAAAUUGAAGCAAUUCGAGAUAAAUGGAAUGAUUGGUCCGAAACACAACGAAUCAUUCAAAUGAUGAUGCAAACUAUUGAAAGUGAUCUAUGUGAUCUUCGUAAAGGAACUGAUAACUCUGAGCAAAUAUGUUCCGAAUUGGAAUUAUGUCAGGAACGGAUGAAUCGAUUAGAAACAGCAUGUAACUACCUGAGCUGUAACUUAGCAUCACUUCACAAUCGUUCCUCCACUCAACCACCACCCAUUGAUUUCACUUCUGAACUUGCUUUAUAUUCCAAUGCACUAAUACAGCUGAAAACUAGAUUUGAAAAGGAAAUGGGUCAUGCAAGAAGUGCUGAUAAAGCAACAUUGGUACAUAGCAGAAAGCGAGUGCAUUUAAAAAAUGAUGCAAAAACGAUGACACAAUUGAAAGAGGACAAUUGCGCAAGCGCCAUUUAUAGUAAUUGGUCCAUUAAGGUGUUGUUUAUUGUUGCAAUAAUUGCAGCAUUUACAGCCUGGUUUGCUACAUCAUCACUUGUACCCUGGCGAACAACUUUAGGACCACAUUUGGAUUACGUUGAUGGUCCACCACCUCUAUAA